UACCAGCACUAUGCCGAUAUGCUAAACAAUAUUAAAAACAUUGGUCAAUUCGCGUUGUUUGCACACGUUGCAGUUUUGUUGGCAUUGGACGAGGUCGAGUGAAAGCACAGCGCAAGCCCCAAGAAUCCCGAUUCGUUUGCUAUGUUCAGGGUCAGGCCGCUCCUCCCCCGCAUACGAAGCUCCCUGCAAACGACCUUGAAACUCCAAGCAGAUACAUCGCAAUCCGAACCCGAAUCGGUCCGUCGGAACCUACGACUCCUACACAACGGUAGUCGUAGUCGCCGUGUGAGCAACCAGAAAUUUCGGACAAUGGCCACCGGAGGAGAAGCAUCCAAGGAGGUGUCCGCCGGAGAGGAGCCCGCCAAGCAGGGCAACCGCUUGGUCGCCUCCAAGUCGCCGUAUCUUCUGCAGCAUGCCUAUAAUCCAGUGGACUGGUACCCGUGGGGCGAGGAGGCUUUCGAGAAGGCCCGCAGCGAGAACAAAAUCAUCUUCUUGUCAGUGGGCUACUCAACCUGUCACUGGUGCCAUGUAAUGGAGCACGAAUCGUUCGAGAGCCCCGUAACGGCUGCCAUUAUGAACGAAAAGUUUGUAAACAUCAAGGUGGAUCGGGAGGAGCGGCCGGACAUCGACAAGAUAUACAUGCAGUUCCUACUGAUGUCCAAGGGCAGUGGUGGUUGGCCGAUGAGUGUGUGGUUAACUCCCACGUUGGCUCCACUGGUGGCGGGAACCUACUUCCCCCCCAAAUCCCGAUAUGGAAUGCCCUCCUUUAACGCUGUUCUCAAAUCCAUUGCUAAAAAGUGGGAAACCGACAAGGAGUCCCUUCUAACAGCCGGAUCAACUUUGCUCACUGCUUUACAGAAGAACCAGGACGCUUCGGCUGUGGCAGAAGCGGCAUUUGGUGUAGGAAGUGCUAUUGAAAAGCUGAGCGAAGCCAUCAACGUCCAUAAGCAGCGAUUCGACCAGACCCAUGGAGGUUUCGGCUCGGAGCCCAAGUUUCCAGAGGUGCCGCGCAUAAACUUUCUUUUCCACGCCUACCUUGUCACUAAGGACGCGGAUGUCCUGGACAUGGUGAUUGAAACACUAACUCAAAUUGGAAAGGGUGGUAUAAAUGACCACAUUUUUGGCGGCUUUGCUCGCUACGCCACCACUGAGGAUUGGCACAACGUCCACUUUGAAAAGAUGCUCUACGAUCAGGGUCAACUAAUGGCGGCCUUUGCCAAUGCCUAUAAGGUGACCAGGGACGAAACAUUUUUGGGCUAUGCGGAUAAAAUCUACAAGUAUUUGCUUAAGGAUCUUCGUCACCCUUUGGGGGGAUUUUAUGCUGGUGAGGAUGCGGAUUCUUUGCCCACCCACGAAGAUAAUGUAAAGGUAGAGGGAGCAUUCUACGCUUGGACCUGGGAUGAAAUUCAAGCUGCGUUCAAGGAUCAGGCGCAGCGACUUGACGACAUUACGCCCGAGCGGGCUUUUGAGAUAUAUGCUUACCACUACGAUCUUAAGCCACCGGGAAAUGUUCCCGCCUACAGCGAUCCCCAUGGUCAUCUCACUGGCAAGAACAUUCUAAUCGUACGAGGAUCAGAGGAAGACAGCAUUGCUAACUUUAGCUUGGAAGCGGAUAAAUUUAAGAAGCUGCUGGCGACAACCAAUGAUAUAUUGCACGUUGUCCGGGAACAGCGACCGCGUCCGCAUCUGGACACCAAGAUUAUAUGCGCCUGGAACGGCCUGGUGCUGUCGGGACUCUGUAAGCUAGGCAAUUGCUACUCCGCGAACAGGGAUCAGUAUAUGCAAACAGCAAAGGAACUUCUCGAUUUCCUGCGCAAGGAAAUGUAUGAUCCGGAAAAGAAGCUGCUCAUCCGUUCCUGCUAUGGUGUGGCCGUUGGUGAUGAAACUCUGGAGAAGAAUGAAUCGCAAAUCGAUGGAUUCCUUGACGACUAUGCGUUCCUCAUCAAGGGCUUGCUGGACUACUACAAAGCCACACUCGACGUAGAUGUGUUGCAUUGGGCAAAGGCGUUGCAGGACACCCAGGACAAGCUUUUCUGGGACGAGCGAAACGGAGCGUAUUUCUUCUCGCAGCAGGAUGCGCCCAAUGUUAUUGUGCGGCUCAAGGAAGACCACGAUGGAGCCGAGCCGUGUGGUAACAGUGUAUCCGCCCGCAAUCUCGUCCUACUGGGACACUAUUAUGACGAAAAUGCCUAUCUCCAGAAGGCCGGAAAACUGCUGAACUUCUUUGCCGACGUAUCGCCCUUCGGCCACGCUCUCCCAGAGAUGCUGUCCGCCCUGCUGAUGCACGAGAACGGUCUGGAUCUUGUGGCAGUGGUGGGACCGGAUUCGCCAGACACCCAGCGAUUCGUGGAAAUUUGUCGCAAGUUCUAUAUUCCAAGCAUGAUCAUAGUGCACGUGGAUCCUUCGAAUCCAGGAGAAGCCUCCAAUCAGCGCUUGCAGACAAAGUUUAAGAUGGUAGGCGGCAAAACUACAGUAUACAUAUGUCACGAGCGAGCUUGUCGUAUGCCAGUUACCGAUCCGCAGCAGCUGGAGGAUAACCUAAUGGCAUACUUCUUCUCAAAGCGUGAUUAGAUCCGGAAAUUUACUCGAAAUGUAUUUUUAGAACUUCUAGAUGUUAAUUAAUUGUUAUUUGUUUGCUUCGAAAGCAAAAAGGAGUUCUCGGAACUACCUACAUAGUGUUAAGAGCCUGUUAUUAAAGACCCCAAUAGACUUGCGCGUUCAGCUCCUUCCAUUGUUCAGUCUCAGAGACUGCAUGGCUCCCUAAGUGUCUAGAGUUGGUCAAAGUUGCUGUACGAAGGCCCCUCUUCUCAUUUUAAUGGUAUAACGUAUGCGGAUUUUAAAAUGCAAGGCUUAACAAGUCUCCCCAGCUUAAAAUCUACCAAUACCUUCCGUGUGAACGAGAAAACGAGCCUUACAGCGACCAGUAACCGAAAUAACCUUAUAUGUUUAUGUUCAUAUAAAACGUUAAUAAAGACCGCAGGUGAAAAACAUA